AUGAUCCUCCCAGUGUUCGCCCACGGAGGUCUCUAUACCGUGGCUCGUACAAGGCAGACUGCCCGCAAAUUGACCAGUGGUAAAGCACCGAGGAAGCAACUCGCUACAAAAGCCGCUCGCAAGAGUGCGCCCUCUACUGGAGGGGUGAAGAAACCUCAUCGCUACAGGCCUGGUACUGUGGCACUCCGUGAAAUUAGACGUUAUCAGAAGUCCACUGAAUUUCUGAUUCGCAAACUUCCUUUCCAGCGUCUGGUGUGGGAAAUUUCUCAGGACUUCAAAACAGAUCUGCGCUUCCAGAGCGCAGCUAUUGGUGCUUUGCAGGAGGCAAGUGAGGCCUAUCUGGUUGGCCUUUUUGAAGACACCAACCUGUGUGCUAGCCACGCCAAACGUGUAACAAUUAUGCCAAAAGACAUCCAGCUAGCACGCCGCAUACGUGGAGAACGUGCUUAAGAAUCCACUAUGAUGGGAGACAUUUCAUUCUUUAA